GUAGCAGCAGAGAGGCAAGACCGUGACCAGCAGUAAUAGUAGGCAGGCUCCUCCAUUAUUGCACGGAGCAGAGCAUGGCCAUGACCAGCGUCCAGCAGCAGUAACAACACGCUCCUCCAUUAUUGCCUUGCUCUGCAGACUCUGCUCCUCCAUUUAAGGGAAGGGAACCACCGUUGCUCCUCCAUAUCGAUCGCUCCAUCCAAGAUCCAAAUCCAAGCAUGGCGCUCAAGAGGAGUAGAUGUAGAUCCAUCGCCUUCCUCAACCGCCAUUGCUAGGUGCUAGCUCCUCAAGCUGCCCUAUCGUCUUCCCCUCAAGAGGGAUCUGGCUGAUAUUUCCAGGCGGUCGCUCAGCACCCUACACCCGAUCUUGCUGCAAAAAGAGAGCGGCCGGCAGACAGCAGCAUUUGGAGGCGGCCGCUCAAGAACCUACCAGCUACCUGCUUCUACUUCUACUCGGACUGCUUCCUAGCUAAAGGAUCCAUACAUUGAGAACGAAGAUCGACCGGUUCCACCAUGGAGGUGGUGACCGGUGCCAUGGGAAGCUUGCUCCCCAAGCUCGGCGAGCUGCUCGUGGGGGAGUACAAGCUGCAAAAGGGCGUCAAGGAGGACGUUGAGUCCCUUGAAAGGGAGAUGAAGAGCAUGAACGCUGCCCUCGUCAAGGUGGCGGAGGUGCCAAGGGACCAGCUGGACAACCAGGUCAUCAUCUGGGCUGACGAGCUCAGGGAGCUGUCCUAUGACAUGGAGGAUGUUGUCGACAACUUCCUAGUGUGCGUCGAGGGAUCUAAAUCCAAUGCAGUCGCCAACUCAAACAAGCUCAAAGGGCUAACAGCAAAGAUGGCCAACUUGUUCACCAAAGGCAAGGCCCGCCAUCAGAUCGCCGAUGCCAUGAAGGACAUCAAGAACCGCGCGCAAGAGGUGGCUGACCGGCAUAACAGGUACAGGGUUGAUGAUGUUGUUGCCAAUGCAGCUGGCAAACACAAGGUUGACCCUCGUGUGCUGGCAUUGUACAAGGAUCAGAAAGAGCUCGUUGGCAUUGAAGACGCACAGAAUGAGCUAACCAAGAGGCUCACAGAUGGUGCUGGUGAUGGUGAUGGUGAUGUUCCCAAUCAGCAGCCCAAGAUGAAGGCAGUCUCUAUUGUUGGACCUGGAGGGCUUGGCAAGACUACACUUGCUAAGGCAGUGUAUGAUAGGCUUAGAACACAAUUUAAAUACACAGCCUUUGUUCCGGUGGGUCGAAACCCUGAAGUGAAGAAAGUUCUCAGGGAUAUCCUCUUGGAAGUUGACAAGAGAGAGUGUAUGGGUGAUGUAGCCACAUUGGAUGAAAAACAACUCAUCGACAAACUCCAAGAACUACUUGAGAAUGGAAGGUACUUAAUUGUCAUUGAUGACAUAUGGGAUUUAGAAGCAUGGAAAAUUAUCAAAUGUGCUUUCAUUGAUAACAAUCAUGGGAGCCGAGUAAUCACAACUACUCGUAUUCUUGAUGUUGCCACAAAUACCGGUGAUAUUUACAAGCUAAAACCCCUUUCUCAACAUUUGUCUGAAGAAUUAUUCUAUACAAGAUUGUUUGGUGGUAAAGAUAAAUGCCCUUUUGGUCAACCAGCUGAAGUAUCAGACAAAAUUUUACAGAAGUGCGGAGGUGUGCCAUUAGCUAUAAUAACAAUAGCUAGUUUGUUGACUGGUAAACCUAUGGAGGAUUGGUCUAAAGUAUUCGACUCAAUUGGUUUUGGAUCUGGAGAUAGCAACACAGAUGUAGAGAACACGAGGAAGAUAUUAUUAUUUAGUUAUUAUGAUCUACCUUAUUAUCUGAGGUCUUGUCUGCUGCAUCUGAGCGUAUACCCAGAAGACUAUUUGAUCAUGAAAGACAAAGUGAUAUGGCAGUGGGUCGCCGAAGGUUUCGUCAGUGAGGAACCAGGGGUAAGCUUAUUUGAGACCGGUGAAAGGUACUUUAAUGAACUUGCAAAUAGAAGCAUGAUUCAGCCCGUAGGGAGUCAAGAAACAUACACAAUAUUUGCUUGUCGUAUUCAUGAUAUGGUGCUAGAUAUGAUUUGUUUAUUAUCAAAGGAACAAAAUUUUGUUACUAUAUUGGAUAGUAACGAGAAGAACAUACCUUCACCAUGCAAUGCCCGUAGGUUAGCUGUCCAAAAGAGAGUGGCGCCUCUGGCUAACACAGGCAUGCCAAAACUGAGGUCGUGCUAUGCCAUCAUGUGUAAACCCAAUGCAUUGCCAUCUCUUUCAAACUUUCAAGUAUUACGUGUUCUAGAUAUGGAACAGUGCAGCUUUGACAAAGACCAUCCUUACCAUCUAGAACAUCUCGGGAGGUUACCUCAGUUGAGAUACCUGGGCAUGGAUUAAUUCCUCGCUUCUUCCAAACCUCUCCAUCCUAGCCAUGAAUGUGGGUGAUUUUGGGGAGCAAGAUGUGCUGAACUUUGGGGGUUUUCCAGAGCUUACUUGCCUUUGUUACCCGAUUCCUGGGGGCAUGGAGUUCCCUGAUGGCGCUUUCCCCACGUUGAGGGACUGCACGGUGCUUGCGCCAUUCAGGUUUCUGCAGGGAACUAUGCAGGGCCUUGAAUCCAUUUGGAUCAAAGUGCAAGUGCAUGCCUUGAAGGAUGCCAGCACUGAUUUAGACUUUAUUGGUAGCCUGGGGAACCUCCCUUCUCUUCGGAGAGUUGACGCUCAGAUCGGUUGCAAUGGUGCCUCUGCUUCUGAUAUUGAAAAGGUGAAGGCAGUGGUGAGGCAAGCAAUGGACACCCAUCCCAACCGUCCCACCCUUGAUCUCUUACCAUAUCAACGACCACAGACUGAUGAAGAAGAAUCAGACUCGGAACAGACCUCCUCUUUGGAUGAAGAAGAAUCAGACUCCGAACGGAGAGAACAACCCUGGUUUAUAUUUUCGGCCCUCAGUUCUCUUCUUUCUUUUAAUCAUACUACCACUGUUGAUACGUCUGCUCAGGUAAUUGACGACAAGAACGACGAGGAAGAAGAAUCAGACUCCAACCAUCCCGUUCCUCAUCUAACUGAGAGCAGCAUUGACGCUGCCAGUACAUCUCCUCCGGUGCCCGCGCCGCGACGGACGUGGAGGCGGUGGGCGUGCUUUCCUUGCCUCAACUCGGGCAGCAGCAGCUCCGCUGCAAUUGCUACAGCAGGUUCAAACCAGUGUGAAGCUUCAGGACAGGGGGUGGAUCAGGUAGCAGGGGAUGGUAAAUAAUGAGGAUGCCCAGCCCUGAAUGAUAGCGUUUGCUGUGCUGAAUGAUCAGUUGAACUGCUGCAGUACUACUUUUCUUAAGAUUUGGUAUUAAAUUAAAACUGCUUGUUAUUCCUGAAUGAUAGUACUUGGUCUGUAAUAAUUAGGAUAGUAUGAAGUAGCCAGGUUUUUUGCCCCGUAGUCCGUGCCUAUUAUGGUCAUGUCAUGAGCAGGCAUGGACAGCGGGUUUUCCUGGCUUUGCUACAAUUCUAUUUUUUCCAUUUUCCUACUCCACUUUGGUAAAGACUUGUUGUUUGUAUUGUCCCGGGUACUGAAAUGUAUGCUAACAAGAUAGAGAAACUUGUUCUUUCCAUUCUC